AAGAAGAAAGAAGAACUUCUGAAUCAAAACUUUGAAGUGGAAAGCGGAUAAGGGUGUGAUAAGACAUGGCAACUGCAACAGGCAGUGGUGAAACAGUUGGAGCUGAAAAUGAUAAGGGAGAUCAACUCAGCUAUGUUGAAUCAAAGGUGACGUGUGUUAAUUGCUUAGCAACCCCAAUUUUCUACCUGCCAGCGAUGAAAGUGUUCAUCUGCCAGGAUUGCAGCCCGUCCAAUCAAGAGAAGGAACCAGUGCGAGAGUUCAACUCUUACGAAAAUAAUCCCAAUGAAGAAAAUUACAAAUAUAAUUUGGAUUUCAAUGAUGGGUUUAUUUACAAAGCCUCGGCAUGGGAUGACAAGAAGUUCAAACAGGAGCUCAUGCUUUAUAAGGACAAAGUAAGAGAAGGCUCAACAAGAGACCUUAAUCCAGAAAUGACUGUUGUUUUUAAUGGCCAGGAAAAAGGAAAGUAUGCAGUAUCAUUUAGCGGUAGAGAAGGCCAGAAAAGUUUGUGCCUUAAAAACGUCAGGAUUCACAAAGAUACAGACGAACCUAGAGAGGUCAUGGAUAUCGCUGGCAAUACUAUUUGUUCUGUCAUUGUUAAAAGAUCUGUACCUCCUUUAGUCAGUGUUCGAGUUGAAGGUUUAAGCUCACAUUUUGGGACAAAGUAUACUCGAGGACAACCAAAAGAUUAUCUUACGAUUGAUCUUUAUCCAGCAAAUGAUGUUGAGGAUUUUGAAGCCUGUAUAACGCUUGCGACAAAAAUUAAUACAACAAUGGAGCUUGCUGAUUGUCCUCUACCACCUGGAUUGAUCAACGUCAUGAGGCCAAUUAAAGAAGGCUUGUUAAAUGUGCAGUUUCCCCAUUCCGAACUAAACCAAGCACUUUGCAUACUGGAUAUGCAAAAGUUAUGUAUUUAUAAUACCAAUGGAUCAGAAGUGCCGAAUGACAGACCAUUCUAUGUCAUCUUUUUUUAUAAGCAUAAUUAUGGUACUGAAUGUACCGCAGCAGCCAUCACAUUGUUGGAUAACAUCUUUUUUUAUAAGCAUAAUUAUGGUACUGAAUGUACCGCAGCAGCCAUCACAUUGUUGGAUAACACUAUCGAUAUCAGAAUAAUUGAGCCUUCAGGGCAGCAACACGUAGCAUUGAAACCAGUUGGUGAAGAAUCCUUAUCAGAGGGCCUAUAUUCUUGGAGGCGCAGUUUCAAAACCAUCACCCCCCAUGAAAAAUCAAUGUUUACAAAUUCUAAAGAGUUUUUGGAAGAAUUCUUAGGAAAGCCAGCAAGAAAUGCAGUUAGUGUGAAAGCUGAUUCACUGGAUAGAUGUGCUUCUCACUGGGGGCAACCCUUACCUAAAUCAAGUACCUCUGGAGGAGAAGAUUGGUAUGCUAAUGAUAUAGAUUUAAUGGAGGUUUCAAAUCCAACCAAUGAGACGAAUGAGAUGCUACUGGAGAUGUGGGAAAAUGCGAUGGGUGUCUUUAUGGUCAUUGAAGCAGAAGGUCUUGUGCCCGGGAGCUCAAUAGAGAGUGGAGGGUUGGAUCCAGAUAGUGUGCAGCAUUUCCAGCGUUGUCUGGCAGAGAUUAACGAAGCCAUCUUCGACACUGAUUACAGCCUAGCUAUGUCACAUUUGCGUGGUACAAAAAGAGUCUUUCAAGAGUCCAAGAUACGACCUAUCAAGAAAUUCCUGGCCAAUGAUUGUACUGCACUGUUGAAGAAAAUAUUCUUCUGUGCAGAUCAUCUUAAUGAGCAGUUGAAUUUUUUGGUGUGAACCACUAAAUUGCUUUGUGGAACAUGGGCUCUCAAGAGGUCUUGAAAGCCCAUGGAGUAAACCACUUAAUUGCUUGAUGAGAAUGGCUUAAUGGAGUUAUGGGUUCAGGAUUUGUGAAAUUAAUUCAUUUAGACUAUUGUAUGAUAGUUGUCAUAGUUACAUGAAAAUCAAUGAAAAUUCAGCGACUGUGACCCAAAACAUUUUCAAGAAGUGUGACUGAUUGACCCAGUUGGCUGCAUCGCUUUCAAACACAUCUGGGCAACACUAAGACAUGAGACCCUUGUCAUACGUACACGGAGACAAUAUAAACAUUGUACAUGUACAGUAAAACCUGUCUUAAUGAACACCUCUCUCUAGUGAACACCUGUCCCUAGUGGACACCCUUCCUACGCACAUAGUCCACUGACUUCUGUAUACAUUUCCCU